AUGAAGAUAUCAUCAACUGGAUGCGUUUUUCUCCUUAUUAUCGUCACUAUUUCCAUUGUUUUGAGUGCACCACCACCACCAGGUGGAGAAGUUGAGGACGAAACGGAGUUUAGCUACGAGACGCUAGGAAAGAAGGGGCCAGCGAAAAGGGGAACACUAAAGGAAGACUGGAAAAUGUGUGGAACAGGAAAAAUGCAAUCUCCGAUCGAUAUUAGGGACAAAAAUGUCGUAGUUACUUAUAAACUUGGAUCUCUUCGUAGCCAUUAUUUACCUUCCAAUACCACCAUGAAGAACAGAGGCCAUGAUAUCAUGUUGAAAUUUAAAGGAGGAAAUCAAGGUUUUGGUAUCAUUAUCGGUAAUACUAAAUAUAAACUUCAACAGCUUCACUGGCACUCUCCUUCCGAACACACAAUCAAUGGCAAAAGGUUUGCACUUGAGGCACACUUGGUUCAUGAGAGCAAAAAUGGAAAGUACGCUGUUGUCGCUUUCUUAUACAAUGUAGGAGCACCUGACGCUUUUCUCCUUUCGUUGGAUAGACAUUUGAAGAGGAUAACUGAUACACAUGAGGGCGAGGCAAAUGUCGGAAGUAUUGAUCCCAAAAAAAUCAGUUUUGAAUCGAAACAAUAUUAUAGAUAUUCGGGAUCACUUACAGCUCCUCCCUGUUCUGAAAAUGUUCUUUGGUCUAUUUCCAGACAGAUUAGAACCGUGACAAGUCAGCAAGUGAAGCUUCUCCGCGUGGCUGUACACGAUGCUUCAAAUACGAAUGCGAGACCACUUCAACCAAUCAAUAAGCGUGUGGUGUACUUACAAACCAAAAUGAAGAAAUAG